GAGGUUAUGGUGCAUGUGUUCUCCACGCAUUGGAGGCCGUACAGCUCAUGGCCCGCAAGCGACAAAGACAGGCAGGCGACAAGUGAGUGUAUAGACCCGGGGUGCUCUAGCAGCACGCGCAAAAAAGGGCAGGGGUUGCGCACGAAAGGAGGAUCGAAAAAAGAAGAAAGAAGAAGGAGAAGAAGAAGAAGAAGAAGAAGAAGAAGAAGAAGAAGAAGAAGAAGAAGAAGAAGAAGAAGAAGAAGAAGAAGAAGAAGAAGAAGAAGAAGAAGAAGAAGAAGAAGAAGAAGAAGAAGAAGAAGAAGAAGAAGAAGAAGAAGAAGAAGAAAACACGAGAAAGGCGAGACGCACACCGAGGGAGAGCAGAUACUAGCGCGGCGGGAACCACACAUGCGCGCGUUGUUAAGCGACGCACACGUUGGGUCCCAACGCCAAAGCAAGCCGGGCGUCGUGACGCCACAUUACCAUACAACAAAGUCCAAAGAACAAAACGUGAGGAGAGGAGAGAGGAGAGGAAGGGGAGAGUCGAGAGGAGAGAAAGGGGAGGAAGGGGAGAGCAAAGAGGAGAGGAAGGGGAGAGCCGAGAAGAGAGGAAGGUGAGAGCCGAUAAGAGAGGAGAGGAAUGGGG